CACUUUCAUAGUGAUAAAACCGAGCAAAGAUUCGUCUCAAGGAUUUUAUAAAGAUUAUGACUAGAUAACUGCAAUUUUUUUAAGAAAAAGGGAUGACACACUGGGCGAUGAGCAGCGAACUGAAAAGAAUGCGGACGUUGGAAAAAAUACUGCCGGUGAGUGCCCUAAGAUUAGCUUGCCAGAAGCACAUUUCUCGCUCCUGCAAACAAUGAUACAGUCGGCGUUGGAGUCAUUGGUUCUUCUCGAUCGCAUGUUCUAUCUGAGGGGCUGUGGAUGCUCAUCGCACAUACGAGCUGUGUUUGAUCCAACAGUUUCCUCGCGAUAUAUCUGCAUCGUAGCUGCGUAGUC